AAAAGCAAUUUAGGUGAUAUAUAUCGUUGUAUCAAUCUUAACACCAGAAUAGUUUAGUGUGUAGCAACAAUAUUAAAAUGUGGAAACGAGGAUCUGACCUUUAUUUUUGUAUUUUUUGUGGAAAUAUCACAUAUGUUAUGUAAAUGUUGAAAUAAAUAAGGUUAUGUUUGGAUUCAAGACGAUAUUUUCACUUUCAGAUUCAAAACAUAAACUGCCGAGUAAACAACUUGUACAGUUUGAGGAGUGAAAAACUAUUAUUAUUAGUAAUUAAAAUUUAUUAGAUAAUAAUAAAAAUUAAAAUAAUGAUGAAAAUGAAGCUAGUCUGGAAAUCUGUGCUGUUAAUGUCAAUAUGGACUACUGCAUACUGUUCACCGUUUGAUGACGGUAAAUACAAACCGAAGGCAUAUGAUGAAUAUGACGAUGGCAAAUAUUACAGGCCACCAGAUGAAGGUAAAUACGUUCCUGGAGACGAAGGGAAAUAUACAUACAUUUAUACCCAGGGUGUAUUCCCAUACGAUGGUACUUAUAAGCAUUUGGGAAGAGGUGAUUCUAACGAAUACAUUGGGAUUCAAAUUUACGCGCCCAGAUAUCCAUUCAUUCAUCGAGUGAUCCAGUCAUUGGUGACCAAAUAUGUGUCACCUGACAUCUUUGUUGUGGAUGAGACGCAGGAUGUGAACUAUUUCGAUAGAUUUGGAGGGAACAAAGAAGUGGCAAUGAAGUGUAACUUAAUAGAUGCGACUACGAGAAAUACCACAGAUGAAGAAGUUAUAACACAAUACCCUCCAAAAGCCAAAGUAGAAGAAGGUGAGAAGCCAGGUAUACUUUACAGUUUCAAGGGCACGAAGGUAAUGAGCACAGAAAAGAAAUCGCAGAAGAAGUUGAAGUUGGAAUACGAAGUGUUUGUAAGAGUUGUAGAAGAAAACGAAGAAAAUAAAAAGCUUUAAUGUCUAGUUACUGAGUGCCAAUUUUUUGUUUGUGUUGUAAGAAGUUAAGUUAUAGUAAAAUAUUUUAAUUUUUUUUUGUGUUA